AUCAACAUGACAAGGAAGAAGGUAAAGUUGGCAUACAUCACCAACGACUCGGCCAGGAAGGCGACCUUCAAGAAGAGGAAGAAGGGGCUGAUGAAGAAGGUGAGCGAGCUGAGCACCCUGUGCGGCAUCGACGCCUGCGCCAUCAUAUACAGCCCCUACGACUCCAAGCCCGAGGUCUGGCCCUCCCCCGCCGGCGCCCACCGCGUCCUCUCCAAGUUCCGCAAGAUGCCGGAGAUGGAGCAGAGCAAGAAGAUGGUGAACCAGGAGAGCUUCCUUCGCCAGCGCAUCUCCAAGGCCCGCGACCAGCUCAAGAAACAGCUCAAGGAGAACCGCGAAAAGGAAGUCGCCAACCUCAUGUACCGCGCUCUCGCCGGCAAAGCCUCUCUCCACGCCCUCUCCCUUCCCGACCUCCACGACCUCGGCUGGCUCCUCGACCAUUACCUCAACGACAUCCGCCGCCGCAUGGACUCUUUUGGUUUGUCCGGCGGUAGUGGUAGCAGCGGCGGGAGUACUGGUGGUGCUGGAGAGAGUAACCAUCAGCAGGACCACCUGCAGGCGGCUUCGGCCGUGGGGCUGGAGGUUGGGAAUUUGGGGGCGGAGGCGAUGCAGAGUCACCGGUGGCUGAUGGAGCUGCUCAACUCGUCAAGCGUGAACGGGGAUCAGAGUAUAAACAGUCUAGGAGGGUUUGGAGGAGGCGGCGGCUCGGCGGCGACGGGAGGAGCAGGGGAGGAUAUGAAUACGAUGCUGCCGUUGAUUGGGGAUGCCACCAACACACACGCUGCUAACAACUUCCACAGCAGUUUCUGGAUGGAUCCUAGAGAUGAGGACGUAGAGGUAGAAGGAAGGGAUGAUUCGGAGACCUCCAGUGAAAAGGAAAUUGAUACAUCUAUGAUGUUGAAGAGGAAUAGCCCAGUUCAACAAAUAGAAGAGAUAUUGGAAGUACUUGACUGCACAGACGAGAAUAAGGUCCGUUAUGCUGCAUUCAAGAUGACUGGAGAGGCAAAGCGCUGGUGGCUUUCUGUGAAGCUGCUAGAGAAUCAGAGGGUAGUAAAAAUAGUUCUUACUUGGUACAGUAAACCAGGGCAUGUUAAAAAGAAUUGUCGGGAACUGUUGCAUGUAGUGCCUGCACAGAAUCAGGAUCAAGGAAAACAGCCAAUACCACUUGACAGAGGUGGUCCAGCACGAGUUUACUCGUUGAUCCAGCCUGAGCCAGAGAAUGCUAGAGGGGCAAGUAUGAAUUCAUGUUUAAGAUAA